AGUACACUUGCCAGUGGUGUCAGCGAGCACUCGACUUCUCCCUCUCGUGAAGUGGGUUUACUUGAACUGAAGAAAGGGAAAAAAUGUCUCCACUUCUGAGAAGCAUCUGCGAUAUCACUGAAGUUUUCAAUCAAUAUGCCUCACAUGAUUGUGAUGGGGCAGCACUAUGCAAAAAAGACCUGAAGAACCUCCUUGAAAGGGAAUUUGGAGCUAUUCUUCGGCGACCACAUGAUCCUGAAACGGUAGAUUUGAUCCUGGAACUUCUGGAUCGCGACUGUAACGGGCUGGUAGAUUUCAAUGAGUACCUCCUGUUCAUUUUCAAAGUGGCUCAAGCUUGUUACUACGCUCUGGCCGAGGCGUCGGGGCUGGAGGAGGAAGCCCCGUGUGAGGGAAAGGGGGCCCCGUUACUCGAUCGCCGGCAAGAAGACCAAAGGAGGUUUGAUUCCCGGGACAGAGAGUUGGAAGAAGCACGCUGGCAGAAGAGGCAGGAACUAGAGAGGGAGCUCGCUGAGGAAGAGGAGCAGAGGGAGAAGCUAGAGAGGCGAGAGCAGCGGCUGCAAAGACGAGAGCAGGAAGCGCGCCGCCAAGAGGAACAGGAGCUGCAGGAGCGCAAGGGGCGGGCGGCCGAGGAGUUUCCCGACCAAGAGCGGAGGCGAGAAAGGCGGGAGCAGCGAGAGCUGGAGCGCGAGCGCCAGCGCCUUGAGGAGAAACUGCGGGAGCUCCGGGAAGAGGAGCAGCUACCCCGGCGGGAACGGCAGGAGCUGAAGGAGCGCCUGGAGGAGGAGAAGGAAGAGGUGGAAGAGCAGCUGCAGAGGCUUAGGCGCGGGCGCCAGGAGCCCUUGGAGCAGGAGCUGAGGCGCGAGCAGGAGCUCAGGCGGGAGCAGGAACCGCGCUUGGAAAAGAAGCUGCUGCGGGAGCAGGAAGAGAGGCGCGAGCAGGAGCUCAGGCGGGAGCAGGAGCUGAGGCGGGAGCAGGAACCGCGCUUGGAAAAGAAGCUGCUGCGGGAGCAGGAAGAGAGGCGCGAGCAGGAGCUCAGGCGCGAGCAGGAACCGCGCUUGGAAAAGAAGCUGCUGCGGGAGCGGGAAGAGAGGCGCGAGCAGGAGCUGAAGCGCGAGCAACUGCUGAGGCAAGAGCGGGAGCAGGAGCUGAGGCGGGAGCAGGAACCGGGCCUGGAAAAGAAGCUGCUGCGGGAGCAGGAAGAGAGGCGCGAGCAGGAGCUCAGGCGGGAGCAGGAGCCGCUCUUGGAGCAGCUGAGGCGCAAGCAGGAAGAGAGGCGCGAGCAGGAGCUGAGGCGGGAGCAGGAGCCGCUCUUGGAGCAGCUGAGGCGCGAGCAGGAAGAGAGGCGUGAGCAGGAGCUGAGGCGCGAGCAACUGCUGAGGCGAGAGCAGGAGCAGGAGCUGAGGCGAGAGCAGGAACCGCGCUUGGAAAAGCUGAGGCGCGAGCAGGAACCGCGCCUGGAAAAGAAGCUGCGGCGGGAGCAGGAAGAGAGGCGAGAGCAGGAGCUGAAGCGCGAGCAACUGCUGAGGCGAGAGCGGGAGCAGGAGCUGAGGCGGGAGCAGGAACCGCGCUUGGAAAAGCUGAGGCGGGAGCAAGAAGAGAGGCGAGAGCAGCUGCUGAGGCGAGAGCGGGAGCAGGAGCUGAGGCGAGAGCAGGAACCGCGCUUGGAGAAGCUGAGGCGGGAGCAAGAAGAGAGGCGAGAGCAGCUGCUGAGGCGCGAGCGGGAACCGCGUUUGGAACAGAAGCUGAGGCGGGAGCCGGAGCCGCUCUUGGAGCAGCUGAGGCGCGAGCAGGAGGAGCGGCGAGAGCAGCAGCUGAGGCGGGAGCAGGAGUUGGCUGAGGAGGAGGCACUGCAAGAAGAGGCCGGUGAGCUGGGAGAGAGCCGUGCCCUGCGGUGGCAGCGGCAGCUGGAAAGCGAGGCUGAAGCCCGACAGAGCAAGGUCUACUCCAGGCCCCGCAGGCCCCGCAGGCAGGGGCCACUGAGGCGCCGCCAAGAGCAGGAGGAAGAGGAGGAGAGGCGGCUGCAGGAGCGCGAGCAGCGGCUGCGGGAGCGGGAGGAGGACUCCCAGCUCCUCCGCCAGCAACGUGAGAGGCGGCUGCGCCAGGAGGAGGAUCAGCGCCUACAGGGAUUCGAGAGGAAGCAGGAGCGGCAAUUCCGCGAGCUGGAGGAGCAGCUCCAGGAGGAAGAGCGGCGCCAGGAGGAGCUGCUCCGCGACCAAAAGUGGAGGUGGCAACUAGAAGAGGAAAGCCAGAGACGCCGCCACACACUGUACUCCAAGCCUGCUCUACGUGAGCAGCUGCAGCGCGAGGAGGAGCAGCUGCUGAAGGCGGAAAGAGAGGAGAAAAGACGCCUUCAGGAAGAAGACAGGAAGUUCCGUGAGGAGGAACAGCUCCUCCAGGAACGGGAAGAACAGCAGCUGCGCCGCCAGGAGCUCGAGCAAGAGCUUCGCCAGGAGGAACAGCAGCUGCGCCGCCAGGAGCGCGACAGAAAACUCCGGAAGGAGGAGCAACUCCUCAAGGAACGGGAAGAACAGCAGCUGCGCCGCCAGGAGCGCGACAGAAAGCUCCGCGAGGAGGAGCAGCUGCAGCGGGAGAAAGAGCAGCUGCUGAAGGAGGAAAGAGAGGAGAAAAGACGCCUUCAGGAAGAAGACAGAAAGUUCCGGGAGGAGGAACAGCUCCUCCAGGAACGGGAAGAACAGCAGCUGCGCCGCCGGGAGCUCGAGCAAGAGCUUCGCCAAGAGGAACAGCAGCUGCGCCGCCAGGAGCGCGACAGAAAACUCCGUGAGGAGGAACAGCUCCUCGAGGAACAGGAAGAACAGCAGCUGCGCCGCCAGGAGCUCGAGCAAGAGCUUCGCCAAGAGGAACAGCAGCUGCGCCGCCAAGAGCUCCGCCAGGAGGAACAGCAGCUUCGCCGCCAGGAGCGAGACAGAAAGCUCCGAGCGGAGGAACAGCUCCUCCAGGAACGGGAAGAACAGCAGCUGCGUCGCCAGGAGCGCGAUAGAAAGCUCCGAGCGGAGGAACAGCUCCUGAAGGAACGGGAAGAACAGCAGCUGCGUCGCCAGGAGCGCGAUAGAAAGCUCCGAGCGGAGGAACAGCUCCUGAAGGAACGGGAAGAACAGCAGCUGCGUCGCCAGGAGCGCGAUAGAAAGCUCCGAGCGGAGGAACAGCUCCUGAAGGAACGGGAAGAACAGCAGUUGCGCCGCCAGGAGCUCGAGCAAGAGCUUCGCCAAGAGGAACAGCAGCUGCGCCGCCAGGAGCUUCGCCAAGAGGAACAGCAGCUGCGCCGCCAGGAGCGAGACAGAAAGCUCCGAGCGGAGGAACAGCUCCUCCAGGAACGGGAAGAACAGCAGCUGCGCCGCCAGGAGCUUCGCCAAGAGGAACAGCAGCUGCGCCGCCAGGAGCGCGACAGAAAGCUCCGAGCGGAGGAACAGCUCCUGAAGGAACGGGAAGAACAGCAGCUGCGCCGCCAGGAGCUCGAACAAGAGCUUCGCCGGGAACGCGACAGAAAGUUCCUUGAAGAUCAACAGCUCCUGCGGGAACCGGAAGAACAGCUACUACGUCGCCAAGAAGAGCAGCAGCUGCGGGAGGAGCAAGAACUGAGGCGCCGGCAGGAGCGGGAGAGGAAAUUCCGGGAAGAAGAGCAGCUCCGCCAGCUGGAAGAGGCGCAGAGGCGCGGCAGAGGCUGGGAGGAAAAAGAUAAGAGCCGGCAGCAGAUCCUGGAGUCUGGCAAGCGUCCGUUUGCCAGUGCCCCGGUGCGCUCCAGCCCUCUCUAUGAGUACAUCCAAGAGCAGAGGUCCCAAUACCGUCCUUAAGAAAUGCCGCCAUACCCCGACACUUGCCAAAGCUUCAGCAAAGGAAAAUGGGAAACACUGGGUACCAGAUGACUCGAAUGUUUUUGGUUGUGGGAAAACUCUGUUAUGUUAGAAUGUCUUUUUUUCCAAAAUCUUAAACUAUACUCAUUUCAUGUACUUUGUACUUCUACCUUUUAGUCUUCCUCAAGUAAUUCUUUACUGCAGGAUGUCUUUGCUCUUUGGUGCAGAUGUGGUGUGCAUUUUUAAAAACAGGUCAUUUAAUUUGUUGAAGGAGUUUUGUUUGGGGAACAUGUUAAUUUACUGCUUUCAGAAGUAACAAGAAUAAUCAGAUGUGAGAGUCAAAAGAAUCGGGUCUGUUUUUUAAAUGGUUGACCUAUCUUGUGGAGAAUUUAGAUAUUUUUUAGUGUUCAAGUUGGUAUUUCUUCUUGGGCCUAAAUUACAUUUAUAUUUACCUCCAAAUAACCUCUCAUCUUUUUGGCAUAAUUAGCAUAGAUUGCAAAAGGGGACUGGAUUUUUACUGUAGGGAAACUGACUUCCAUGUGAAAGUAGUCCAUAAUUGGGAGAAAUCUCUAUUAACAUUUAGCUUUAAAACUUAGAAUUUGAUUUUUUUUUUUACAUUUGACUCCAUAAACACUUAAAAAUCUCAUAAAGCAAAAGUAAGGUGUUUCUCAAAAACUCCAGAACUCAAAUUUUAGAACUGUUUUUGCUGUAGUCUAUAGUCCUCGGUUCUCUUCCCCCAAUCUUUGAUAAAUUUCAGAAGAUUACUACCUUUAUUAAUUUUACCUGAGAGGAAACCUGCUUAGGAUCCAGUAGACAUCUAUCUUCCUCUAGGGCCAAUAAGAGAUCACAGAGAGCAUUUUGGGGGAGGGGAAGGGAAAAAUUUGUAAACAGAGGGGCAAGUUCCUACAUGCCCUUAAGAAAACCCAUCAGCUCACAAUCCUUUGAAGCCUAUUGAUACUACCUUGGAGACAUUCUUGUUGAAAUAAUUGGACUGUAUUAAAAAUUAAUAAUAAAUGUUUAGCAAACAAUUA